AUGGGUAACGACAUCUCGCGCGCACGCGUGCUUACCUCCACGUCCUUCCUCGUCAACUUCGCCGUGCAGCUGUACGGCAUGGCCGCCACGCCCAACAUGAAGGAGGUCGCGGACGCGAACCACUUUGCGUUCUCCCCGAACCCCUGGUUCAUCGCCGCCUUCUUUACCGGGCAAGUCGUCCUCCAGCUCGCCUGGAUCCGCAAGCUCUUCACGUCCGAGCCCCCCGCAAGCUACCCUACGCUUGGGUACCAAACCAUCCGCGCGGGCGUGGACACGGAGGAGGCGCGGAGCUGGGCCGUCGCACUCAGCUACGCCCCCGUCUACGCGCUCGGGAACUUGUGCAUCGCGGGCUGGCUGUACUUCUGGCUCCGGCAGGACUUCGCCGCGUCCCAGGUGCUCGUGACCGUCAACACGCUCGCGCAGCUCGUCGCCGUCGCCGCGCUCCCGCCGCUGCGCCCGGACAGCGACGCGCUCCUCCGGCUGACGCACGCCGCCGCGAAGACGUUCGCGGGCAUCGGCGUCCUCGACUUCAUCGACAACGGCGGCGUCGCACUCCGUGCGCACGCACCCCCGACGGGAUUCCUGCAGGCCCUCACCUGUGUCCUGUUUCCGCUGCUCGCGGCGGGGUCGUCGCCGAUGUUCGGCUCAGUGCUGCUAUACGACGUCGUCGCGAUUACGGUUGGGCAGACGGGUGUCCGCGGGGCUGGGGCGUGGCCCGUACGACUUGCGUGGACUGCGGGGGCGACUGCGGUUAUCGUGGGCCUGAAGAGCGUGCGCACCGUGUCAAGGUAUCUGAGUCGAUGA